AUAUUUCUUAACAAAACAUACAUCUAUAAACAUGAUGGCUUGAGAAAAUAUUUUGAUAGAUGCAGUGGACAUACUUUAAUUUAAUUUAAUAAUAUCAAGAUAAAAAAGUUACCAUAAAUAAAUUAUGAGAUGAAAUGAUAGAGUGGAUCUUGCCAUGGCUGAUCUUGUUUCUCUUUCAUCUUUUCUGUUCAUCUACUUCCUCUCUUCUUUCCAAGAUCUCCUCUUUGUUAAUGGCGAACCUAACAACAAACCACUUACUCCAAUCAAUUACGAUCUCUAUCAUUCCAGUGGAAAUUUGAUGGAUGAGAUCAAGGCCAUGGUUCAUCGUCACCCGGAUAAACUCAGUAUGGAGACAAUUAAAGCUGGAAACAGAGGCUAUGGUGCUGAGAUUGCAAGAGAUAAUGCCGAGAGGCCAAAGCUUCGGAUCCUUCUUAGUUUUGGACAGCAUGGACGGGAGCUGAUUACAUCAGAACUUGCUUUAAGGAUUUUGUCUAUUCUUAGUGAAGAAAAAAUUCUACCCGACAAGGAUGAAGCUUCCUUAAACAGUACACUUGACAAACUUGUAAUUAAGGUGGUUCCUAUGGAAAACCUUAAUGGCCGCAAACUUGUUGAGGGUGGAGAUCUCUGUGAGAGAAGAAAUGGCAGAGGAGUUGAUCUCAACCGGAAUUGGAGUGUAGAUUGGGGCAAAAAGGAAAAGGAUUAUGAUCCAUAUGAGGAGAAUCCAGGAAUCGCCCCAUUUAGCGAGCCUGAAAGUCAAAUUAUGAGGAAACUUGCCAUAUCUUUUGAACCACAUAUAUGGAUCAAUGUGCACUCCGGAAUGGAGGCUCUUUUUAUGCCAUAUGAUCAUAAAAAUACAACACCUGACGGAUUGCCAUUGCAACGGAUGAAAUCGUUGCUUGAAGAAGUAAAUCAGCUCCAUUGCCAAAAGCGUUGCAUGAUUGGAUCCGGAGGCGGUUCCGUAGGAUAUUUUGCACAUGGGACAGCAACUGAUUUCAUGUACGAUGUUGUGAGGGUUCCUAUGGCAUUCACCUUUGAGAUAUACGGUGAUGGAACAACUUCGUCAAGAGACUGUUUUAAAAUGUUUAAUCCCACUGACCUUGCUAGUUACAAUAGUGUUCUCAAUGACUGGUCUGCAGCUUUCUUUACAAUUUUUAAAUUGGGGCCACACCAGCUUGGUGAGAUCCAAUCAAAAGCGUCUGUCUUUAAGUUGGAUAAGUUAGUAUCAAUAGAUGAAUAUCUAGAUGGGUAUUUGAUGGAGAGAAGGAAUAGAUAUGGAAAAAAGAUGGAAGUACUUGAACUUGGAAUGCAAGAAAUAAGAACGUAUUACAGGCUAUUUUUAUUAUCUUCAGUUUUACUAUUGUGCAUGUUCUGUUCUAGAAUUUCAAAAACCAAGUGCAGUAGACCAAUUGUUUCUGCUAUUCCCCUUUAAAAUUAGGUCAUAGCAGAAACUGUAUAUCCAAUUUUGAGGAAAAAAGUGCAAGUUAAUUUGUUGUCUGUAUUACUCUGUAACGCACCUUUCUUCUCAGGGUUAUAUAUAUUUUGAUUCUUUAUUGUGCCCAA